AUGAAUACGUGGUCGACGUACGAUGCGACGUUGGCCGACGACGACGACGUCCAUGCGAUGGCGCACAUGUCGGCCUUUCUUGCCACCACGCCCGACUUUGGCCUCGGCUCGUCGCUUGACACGCCAUCGUCCAACCCGAGCUCGGACGACGACAGCGCUACCCAGGCCAAGAAGCAUGCUCGGCCCAAGCACGAGAUCGAGGUCCUCCACGCCAAGCACAUGGAGCUACAGCGCCAACUGCAGCUCCUCCAGCUUUUGCGCGCGCCGCCGAGACCGCUCACGCCGUGGCAAGCGCGUGCGAUGCGUCAGGCCGAGGCUGCCCAGCGAACGCUGCAAGAAAACAGUCGCCUCAAGCGCCUCGUGAACGAGCAGCGCAAGGUUCUCGCUGCACUCGAGCGCAGCUUGCGGAAAUGCCCGCGCCUCUUGUCCCGUGACCCUACUAUCCACACUGAGGACGACGACACGACGCCGUUCAAGCGUCUCUUGCAGCGACAAUACGACAAGAUGGAGUCCGAGUGGAUUCAACGUCGGCUCUACGACGGGACGACGCCAUUGCGGCACACGACGCUUGAGCGCAGCACCGAGGACGGGGCGAUUGCGAGCUUUCAUUUUGUGGCUAAAAUGAUCGCACCGCUCGACUACACGUCGAUGGCCCACGUGUUUUGGACGCACAAGACAGGGUUGCUCGGCCCGUCGUGCUCG